UGACAUGUCCCAAUCGGAUACUUGUAGCACAGGGAGACGUCAAUGUCAUUUAAGACGAAGGAUGAUGGACAAGUUUUACUCUAUGCGAACUCAGUCAAUGCACGAUACCAGACAAUUCCCUAUCCUUGGCUAGUCUUUGGGGAAAAAGUAAAAGUCAACACUAUUUUUAUACGUGAUUCGACAGGUGUCUCUGAUUCAAUAUUGAUGCUCUUUGGUGGUGCUCUUAGCAAUGGAGGGCAGCCUGGGCAUUUAAAAAUGUUGGAUGGCUAUGCUGAGUUUUUCAUGGAUCCAAACCUGGCGGAGUCCUACGGCAAGUUGAAGGAGGAGCUUGAUCUCUGUAAUUGUAGGUUCGAGCUUGAAGACCCUACCAUUGACAUCCUAAAAGAAGGAAAGUACCUAAUGUUUGCUGUUCAGGAACUAGUAUCAGGAGACGAAUGUGAAGGGAGAUUCGUGUUUGGCCGUGAAAGUAAGAAACCCAAGGAUCCUACGGAUAAUAAUAGAUUCACAAGAGAUGGAAUGAACCUGAAGAGCUUGCUGCAAACUUUAUUGAUGAGAGCUGGACAUUCUCCUCCUAAAUACAAAACUAAACACUUGAAAACCAAUGAGUUCAGGGCACUAGUGGAAUUCAAGGGCAUGCAAUUUGUGGGGAAGCCCCAGAGGAACAAGCAGCUGGCCGAAAAGGAUGCUGCUAUUGAAGCUUUGGCGUGGUUGACUCACACCGACCACAAAAUUGAGAACGAGGAUGAUAAUUCUCCUCCAGAUGUCACUGAAAAUAUGCUUAAACUCCUUGGAAAACGUAGGAAAUCUAAACGCCAUUGAUACUCUUUGGCUACCUUCCUUUUGUUGCUGCUCACAGAAAGUGAGGAUAAGUAGCUGAAGCUUGUAGUAUUAGCUCGAGAAUGCUUUCUGAAUGCUUCUGAAACUUAUCACAGGGAAGGCCUCUCAAUGAGUUUCUUUUACAGAAGACGUGAACGCUAAAGCUACUAACUAAUAAUGAUCAGCAGUUCAGAUGAGAAAAGACAGUCACAUUUUUUUAUAUAUUAUUAUUAUUAUUAACAUUGAUGGAGCAGAAAAUACAACAGGAAAAUAGGGAAUACAAUAAUUUUGGCAUGGUUUUAUCUUGAUAUUAGAUGAUUAGAUCCAUAUUAUGUUGUUUGGGGCCACAAGAAUUGUACAGACUGUAAUAUUCAUUUGUUCCAAGAUAUCAGGUAAUGACUACGGGCCAUCAAGAAUCAAUAGAGUUCUCAAAUGAAAUGAACAUCUAAU